AGGCAAUCGAUCACUAAUCAGUCAGCAACUGAGAUUCUUAGUUUGUACUAUAAUUCAAAUAUUCCUAAUUAUCACAUUUGGCAUCGCGAUAGAGUCUGUGGUGGUAUGGUCGGACAUAUAUUCAGAUUCUGAUGCUUUUACAGAUUACUUGGAAAGGUUCGAAAUCUGGACUAUGAACAAGGAAGAUGCUGAUUAUGUUAAUAUUGUGGCACAUUUCCCCACAUUCAUCUGAAAAGGAGCUUACAGCUUACUAAGAACUCUGGCUUUACCAGGAAAGCCUAUUAAUCUUCCUUAUGCAACUCUCAAGGAACUACUGCUAGACUAUGUGAAGUAUACAAAUUUUGAAUGUGGUAAAGGAGAACGAUUUCGCAAAAUGAUUCAUCAGGACAUCAAAGAUUAUACUACAUCACUACGUCAUUGCAAUCCAGUGCAUACUCAAGGUAAUGCCGAUAAUUCAUUGAGGAGUUGCGAUGCAAUUCACGAAGAUGGGCAAAAGUUUGAUCAAUGUUUGUCCUGUGACAGGUUCCACUCUUUUAAUUCAUGUGUAUUUCGAAAUUCUCAAUGCUCUAAAUAUGGCGAGAUUGGACACAUUCAGUCAGUUUGUCAUACUACGGUUCAUUCCGUUACAACUAAUGCUAAAAUUUGUAUUUGUGAUUCUAUUAAGUUGGGUGUUUCUAACGAUCAUUUUUAUUUAUCCACGACUUCGAAGAGCAAUAUAGAGUCAGAUAGCAAACCAGAGUUAAAUGAAACUUGGAAUCCUUGUGAGAUAACAGUUUCUAAUCAAUCGACUUGUCAGAUUUCUCAUCUUAUUGUACCAGAUUUGGUUUUUCCUAAUGAUUCACAUAUUUCUGACGAGAUUUCUUAUAAAUCUGACGAAAACAUGUUGAAUGAGCCUAAUCAUGAUCGAAAACCUGAUGUAGUUUUGAUAGAUGCUGAUUUUUCUAAUGAUCCUAUCCUUUACUCUGCAAUGACAUUCUUAAUAAAUUUGAGGAAACUAUUUCAGAAGACUCAAGUCUUGGUGUUCUAUCAAAUAUUAUUUGUCCUCAUAAUGCAUUUGUUUCUUGUGGGAAACUUGUUCAGUGCGAAGCACGAGUACUAAAU